CAGCAGCGCGCAGAGAGCAGGGCGCAGUGUUCAGCCGCAGCAGUGUCACAGAAGUGAAAGAGGAAGGAAGGAGUUUGUUCUGUGUGCUAGCAGGAAGAUUGCGAGUUUUGUAAAACAAGCUUCUUUUUUUUUUAUUUUAGUGCUUGUUUUGUUUAGCCCAAGUGGAAGAAAUGGCGAGGCUGAGCGAGCACGGGAUUCGACUCAGCUCUAUGAGCCCAUCGUACCUGAACAGCAACUCCACCAGUCACACGUGGCCGUUCAGUGCUGUCGCAGAGUUAAUAGAUAACGCAUCUGAUCCCGGGGUCACAGCCAAGCAGAUCUGGAUCGAUGUGGUCACUGUAAAAGAGGAGCUAUGUCUUAGCUUUACAGAUAAUGGCAGUGGGAUGACGCCAAGUAAACUACACAAGAUGCUCAGCUUUGGUUUCACAGAGAAAGGAUCUGGUAAAGGCACUCACCAGGCCAUAGGGAUCUAUGGUAACGGCUUCAAAUCAGGAUCGAUGCGACUGGGGCGUGAUGCUCUGAUCUUCACUAAGAAUGGAGGAUGUCAGAGUGUUGGCAUGCUCUCGCAGACCUUCCUGCAUGCCAUUAAAGCUCAGGCUGUCAUUGUACCUAUAGCACCAUUCAACCAACAGACUAAGUCUUUGGUAAUCACAGAGGAUUCAGAGGCCAGUCUGAGAGCCAUUCUCACACACUCUCUCUUCCAGUCAGAGUCUGAACUACAGCAACAGCUCGACUCCAUCCCAGGCAAGAAGGGCACCAAGAUCCUCAUCUGGAACAUACGCAGGAACAAAGACGGGAAGCCCGAGUUUGACUUUGAUGCCGAUGAGGAGGACAUUCGCCUGCCAGAGAUCCGCUCAGAGGAGAUGGAGGGAAAAGCAAAGAGACGUUACUCUGCACCUCACAGAGCUGACCAUAUCAUCCCAGAGAUGGAUUACUCUCUCAGAGCAUAUCUCAGCAUUCUGUAUCUGAAACCCAGGAUUCAGAUCAUCCUCAGAGGGAAGAAAGUUCAGACCAAACUAGUGGCGAAGAGUCUGUCCAUGAUCGAAAAUGAUGUUUAUAAACCACAAUUCAUUAAUGAACGAGUGAAGAUUACCUUUGGCUUUAACCAUAAAAACAAAGAUCAUUACGGCAUCAUGAUGUACCACAACAACAGACUCAUCAAGUCUUAUGAGAAAGUUGGCUGCCAGAUCAAGUCGUCUGGCCUGAGGUCUGGAGUGGGUGUUAUCGGAGUAAUUGAGUGUAACUUUCUGAAACCAGCUCACAACAAGCAGGAUUUUGAGUACACAAAAGAGUACAGACUCACAAUGGCUGCCCUCGGCAACAAACUUAACGACUAUUGGCGGGAGAAAAAGGAAAAGAAAGCGAAAGAGAGAGCAUUCCGAGCGCUGGAGAGAAAAAGCGUAGAAGGAAACACUGAGGAUUAUGACGAGAGUGAGGAGGAGGAAGAGGAGGAUGAAAAAGAAGAAGAGGAAAGAGCGAAUGUGAUUUGGCUGCAGUGUGAUGACUGUAUGAAGUGGAGGGGUAUUCCCAGACACCUGUUCAAAAAUAACAUUCCUGAGCAGUUCACCUGCAGCCAGCACCCUAUCGGUCGCCUGAGGAGCUGCUUAGUGCCUGAGGAAGCUGAGGAGCCUGAGGAUGAGCUGACACCGAGCUAUGAGAAAACACACAAAAAGCAAGAAGUUUGGGCCAAGCGAAGAGGAAAAUCAGUGGAGAGUGAUAAAGGCCCAACACAUACUGAGAGCAAAGAGGCACCUGAGCCCACCUCAGAAACCACACCGGAUGAAACUGUUAUUACCAUCGAGACAGAGGCUGAGAGCAGAGAAGACGAAUCUACACCUUCACAAAACUGCAACAAAAGAAAAGCAACAUGGACAGACAAUGAAAUCAGCAGCAAAUCACCAAAACGCACUGACUCUGAAAAAGAGAUAUCAACUACAACAACAGAAUCAGAGGAAGAGCCAGUGGAGGAAAAUCUGGAAAUAUUGAAGACAAAGAGCAAAAAUAACCAGACCAAGAAAAAUGCUAAGGAUGAGAGUAAAAGUCCUGCAGUUUCUCCUGACACAGAAAGCACUGCAAACCCAACUCCUUCUGAGCAGCAAGUGGCACGAACCCCGCAGACUAAAGACCAGCCAAAACUUGCCACUGGCCCCCCAGGCUGGCCUCACCCAAUCACACCCCAUCCCUCCAUGGCAUGGUCUCACCCUCUCCCUCCUGCUCAGACUGUGGUGGUUCCUCCUCUUAGCCGUACCAGCAGGCAGCCACACACUGUGCUCCGGUUGGAGAAUCCAGACCGGUCUGUACUCACUAGCAGACUGGACCAGCUGGAGCGGGAAGCCAAACGCCUCAGGAGGAUCCUCGGCCUACGAGAAGCGGUCGUCCAGAUGAGUCCGUUAUCAGACGGGGAGGUAUCAGGGUCAGCAGGAAGUGUACAUGAUGGGAAAACAGACUCAGGGGUGGAAACUGUGGCGACAGCUUCUGUGGCAUCUAAGAAAUCAGGACCUCAGCCAGAUCAGCAAAGUAUUUUAAAGAGGACGGUCAGUCCUGCCGGACAACAGGAAGCACCAGUAGCCCUCGCAGAUGACCUGCACUGGAGUAAAACACUGGCUAAACUGCAAAGCCAAAACCAAGCUCUGGCUACAGAGCUGAGUAAAGUUAAGAAGGAAAAUGAUGAACUCCAGAGCAAAUUGAGACAAACGGAGAAAGAGACACGUGACAAGAGAGAGCAAAGCACCAACACACCCUCCAGCAUUCACGACAGUAUCGCACUGGAUCGAUUACGCUCUAUCCGCCGGAAUGUCGUGUCUCUCCUGUCUUCCAUUCUGCCCAAUUUGGAUAUGCAGGGAAUCAGUUAUGACACCGGGGACGUGGACAGCAUCCUGCAGCAGAUCAUCCAGGCCAACAACCUCUGAUAAAUAAGCUCCAGGACAAAAGCAUAGUCCAACAAGAACUCGUUUCAGUACAGCGCUUAGGGCAGAGCUCCACAGUAAGCAAGCUUACAGGCAAAGAAAGAAAGCAACUGAUCUUGUUGCAGUGCUUCUAGCUGAGCUCCACAGCAAAGAGCAUAUCCAGGCUAGCCACGUGUACCUACAAGUAGGUUUCUAUAGAGCGUAAUGUAGGUCCUGUUCCUGUUACAAAGCCAUCAUAUGUAGACUACCUUAUUCCUUUACAGCAGCAUUAACUCUACUAUUUAACACACUGCUAUUCUGUUAUCAUUACAUAUGAUAUGUGUCAUGGUCAUCAUUUAAAAUAUGGUCGACGUUUCCUUCUUAACAAUGUGAUUGUUUUAUAUAGUGAAUAAGUGAGGCAGAAGUUUUCAGAUGAAAUGUUCAGGACCCUUUGCAGCAUAUGUUGUGUGUCCAAUUUUUUUUUUUUUUUUUAAUCACUAUGCAGAAGUUGUUUAUAGUAAAAGUGACAAUGAUUAGGCAGUCUAUGUCCAGUGUUAACUGUCAGAAUAUGUUGGAGCUUACACAUGCUUUAAAAGAGAAACCUUUCUAUGCUCAGUUGGUAUCCUUCACAUUGGCUUUUGUUCAUACGUUUUUUCAGCAAUAAAGUCUGAGGAAUUUUUUAAUGAUUCAAACGCGAAGAAGGAGAUAUUUCCACGUCAGCGCCGAGUGAAAC